CUGCUGAGAUAAUGGAGGGCAGUUCAAUGAAUCUGACCUGUAGCAGUGAUGCUAACCCAGCAGCUAAUUACACCUGGUACAAGGAGGAUGAACUCACCAUGAUAGCGUCAGGACAGAUCCUCACUAUCAAAGACAUUAAGUCUGAACACAGUGGGAAUUAUUACUGUCAAGCCCACAAUAGUAGAGGACUCCGUAACUCCACCUUUCAUUCGAUUGUUGUUUCAGGUUCAAUGAAAUCAGUAGCUGCUGGAUCAAUCACUGCUCUUUUUCUGGUUAUCAUUUUCCUCAUCAUCAUCUUCCUAUACAUAAGAAGAAAGAGAUCCAACAAGCCUGAAGAGAGAACAGACAACGGAGGACAGCUUCAGGUGGCUUCAGUCGGUGAAAACUCUUCGUCUUCAGCACAAAGAAAACCAGCUGAGGUGCAGGAAGAACUUUGUUAUGCCUCUGUGACCUUCUCUAAAAACCAGGAAGAUCCUCUCUACUCUAACAUUUUGCAAGCCCCGCAAAACAGACCGAGACAAAGACCAAAACAACCCAAGAAGGAGGAGGAGGAAGAUUAUGAGAUGUGGAAUACACGAUGGUCAAAUUUGAGAGAGCUAGUGCGUCCACAGA